UGGAAGACCGCCCGGGAGCGUAUAUAAGCUGUGGCAACUAUCACAGGAAACAGAACAACUCCAUUCAGGUUGCAGGAGAAGCCAGGACGAGAAUCCAUGGCCAUGGGCGACUUCCUACCGGCCUCCACCGCCGCUGCCUUCUUCGUCCUCUUGCUCGGUGUCAAUGGUGCAGCGGCCGUCAACUUCACGUUCCAUUUCCAUAACAACUGCCCGGAGACCGUCUGGCCAGCGGCGCUGUCCUCGGCGGGCCGCCCGCCGUUCCCGACGACCGGCUUCGCGCUGCCGCCGGGCGCCUCCCUCUCCGUCGCCGGCGUCACAGCCACGUGGUCGGGCCGGGUGUGGGGACGCCACCGGUGCGCCACGGGCGGCGGCCGCUUCUCCUGCGAGUCCGGCGACUGCGGGACGGGGCAGGUCGCGUGCAACGGCGCCGGCGGGGCGCCGCCGGCCACCCUCGCCGAGUUCACCCUCGGCGGCGGCGGAGGCGGCGCCGGCGCCCUCAGCGACUUCUACGACGUCAGCAACGUCGACGGCUUCAACCUGCCGGUCGAGGUGCGCCCGGAGCUGUUGGAGCGGCGGCAGGAGGGCGCCGCCGCCGCGCUGUGCCGGACGACGGCGUGCCCUGCGGACAUCAACCGCGUGUGCCCGAGCGAGCUGGCGGUGCGAGCGGCAGAUCGCGGCGGUGCGGCGGCGGCGGCGGUGGUGGCGUGCAAGAGCGCGUGCCUGGCGUUCGGGACGGACGAGCAGUGCUGCCGCGGGCGGUUCGCGUCGCCGGACAAGUGCGCUCCGAGCGAGUACUCGAGGCUGUUCAAGGCGCAGUGCCCGCAGGCGUACAGCUACGCGUUCGACGACCGGAGCAGCACCUUCACCUGCGCCAACGCCACCGGCUACCGCAUCACCUUUUGCCCCGCCGCCGCCGCCAAAAACUAACUAAUUUAGCAGCCUGCACUGCAGGCCGGCGAUCGAUCACUCAACCGAUUGAUUAGUACUGGAAGGAACUUGAAUUCUUAGAAAGACGGUGUAGUCAUGACGUAUACAUGUAUGUUUCGGAGCAUCUCUCAAGUUUCGAUCAUUAUUUGGAACCUUCCAUGGGAAUAAAAUGAAUACAAUUUUAGCA